AUGAUGAACACACCAGAUAAGAAUCGAAUCUCCGCCGUUUCGUUCUGCAACGUUGAGGAUUCUCCAGUUUUUCAAUUUAUUAACGAUCUUUCCCCUAUAGAGCCAGUAAAAGGAGCACGAGCAGAGAAUAUCUUCCACUCAUUGGCUUCUUCAUCUCCAUCGUCUCUUUUUACUUCACCUCAGAUAAACUCUUACCGAGAUUCCAGAUUUUCAAUCAAAAGGCAUCGUUCUUUAGAUCUAUCUAGUCCAGUAGUCCUACUUGGUGAGACUGUAAAAAGCUCACUAGAUGCUCUGGAAGCUGUAAGUGAGGAACAGCUAAAGUGUAGACCUGACCAGUUGGAAAAUGUUUCUGAAACCAAGCCAUUUAAUGAGCACAUAAGCUUAGCAAUUGAGUUGGCGAAUACACUGAAAAAUGGAAGUGAUGGAUGUGAUAUUCAAAUGGUUUCUUGUGAUGAAAUAUCAAUGGAUGCUGAAAAUGAUAUAGGAAGAGUCGGAUUGAGAAAGCAAUCUGAUGAGUUAUGUAGACAGCCUAAUGAACUUGAUGCUGAUUCGGAUGGGGUACUUCAAACCGAAGAAACGGAAGCUGAGAUUGGGUCUGGUGCUGGAAUUCAGAACAGUGAGCAAGAGGUUCCAAAGAUCAUGGAUUGUAGAUUUAAUUCUUUUACUUUGGCGCGUCAGCAGUUUUCUAUCUGCUGUAAUAACUCAGGGAAUGUAGUAGAGCCUGGAGGUUCUUACAGUGUGCAAGUUCCAGCUGGAAUUCCAGACAUCGCUCUCAGCAGUUUUUCCAACGUUGUACAGCCCAGCCGCAAGCAACGGAGUGUACGCCGGCGCUGCUUGACUUUUGACGUGGGAGGAUCUUGCAAUAGGAUACCAUUGCGUGAUUCCACAAACGAUCUACCCAUUGGUUUUACCUCUAUCAACAAAGCUCCUAAUCCUCAAAAGUGUUUGGACUCCAUCAAACAAGAAACUGAUGAGAUUCUAUCCAUACCACGAACAAUUGGCCUGCACUUGAAUGGUCUCGUGAACCCAUCAGCCUCAAGUGACCGGAAUAAAUUAAUGUCCAAAUAUGGUGAAUUCUCAAUUCCUGCUUCCACAAAAAGAGAUUUGGUUUCCUAUGAUAACAAAAUCAUUGAGGAGGAUCCUGAGAGAUCUAAGGAAGGAGCAUAUUUUGAGGAACUUGGCAAUUGUAAGCGCUGUAGAUGUAGGAAAUCCAAAUGCUUGAAGCUGUAUUGCGAUUGUUUCGCUGCUGGUCUAUACUGUGUUGAACCUUGUGCGUGUGAAAAUUGUUUCAAUAAACCAAUUCAUGAAGAGGUAGUUAUGAAAACUCGUCGAGACAUUGAAGCUCGCAACCCAUUAGCUUUUGCUCCAAAAGUGGUCUCUACUUCUGAUUAUGCAACAGGUUUUCGGGACGAGAACAGCAAGACUCCCGCUUCAGCAAGACACAUGAGAGGAUGCAACUGCAAGAAAUCAGGCUGCUUGAAGAAAUAUUGUGAAUGCUAUUUGAUGGGCGUUGGAUGCUCCCCGAGCUGCAGAUGCAUAGGAUGCAGGAAUAUUGUUUGUCACACAAAUGAGCAAUUCCACUUCCCUCGCGCGGUAGACUCUAAUGUGGUUUUCAAACAAGGAGGAAGCUAA